AUGGGUUUCACUGAUCUCGCUUCCGAAGCCGGCCUCACCCUUGCCAACAACUACCUGGCUACCAGGAGCUACAUUGUUGGCGAUGCUCCUUCCCAGGCCGAUGUCGUGACCUUCAAGGCCUUCUCCGGUGCCCCUGACGCCGAGAAGUACCCCCACGCUGCUCGCUGGUACAAGAACAUCGCCUCUUUCGAGGCUGAGCACGCCACUCUCCCCGGCGAUGCCUCCAAGCCCUACACUGCCUACGGCCCUGAGUCCACUGAGCUGCCCACCAACCCCAAGGCUGCCAACGACGACGACGACAUGGACCUCUUCGGCUCCGACGAGGAGGAGGAGGACCCCGAGGUCGUCAAGGAGCGUGAGGCUCGUCUUGCUGAGUACAGGAAGAAGAAGGAGGCCAAGCCCAAGCCCGUGGCCAAGUCUCUCGUGACUCUUGAGGUUAAGCCUUGGGAUGAUGAGACCGACAUUGAGACUAUGGAGGCCAACGUCCGUGCCAUUGAGAUCGAUGGUCUUGUCUGGGGUGCCUCCAAGUUUGUUGCCGUCGGUUACGGUAUCAAGAAGCUCCAGAUCAACCUUGUCGUUGAGGACGAGAAGGUCUCCCUUGAUGAGCUCCAGGCUCAGAUCGAGGAGGACGAGGACCACGUCCAGUCCACCGAUGUUGUAAGUAAAGAUGAACACCUAGGGAGUCGUGAUAAUGCUAAUGAAACCCCAACAGGCUGCCAUGCAGAAGCUGUAAGCGGAACGUUUAAUGAUGAAGAUAAAUGGCGUGAUGAUGGAUUAUUUGAUGCUAUCCCACGGAAAUAUACUGUCAUGAACUUGAAUAACCCAAGCCGACUGGGGACACCCCUCGGCAUAACGAAUACCAAAAACCAAAAUAAAUACCCAAUUUCUACACUACUGGUGCACAUGUAG